AUGCCUGAUGUCGCAGCAGCAAAGGCGGCGUUCGAAAAGAUAGUAGUGGCGCUUGGUCAUCAGCGGAUAGUCGCACAUAUAGAUGUCUUCAGCACUACGCUCCUCGUCUACGAGGUAAUCGUCAACCUCCCCGUCGAAAUUGAACUCAUCUGGAUGAGGAGAUGGUCAUUCUUGACUGGUUUAUAUAUCCUCCAACGUUAUCUCCCGUUCUUCGACACCGCUGUGAUGGUCCUUCACCACCAGUUUGGGGAAAAUCUGAGCACUCGUUAUUGCACAAUAAACUACAACGUCGGUGGAUGGAGUUUCAUUAUUGGUAUCGUGUUGUCCGAAAUUGUUCUAACUCUGCGAGUGUGGGCGGUCUGGAAAAGGAGUAUCCCGGUGGCUAUAGGGCUUGUCGUGUUCUUCCUCGCCUGUUGGGUGCCUUGCUAUGUUCUGUUCGCGCAGUUCUUGAGUGCCACGGAAUUCGCAAUUCUCCCACUGCCUAAUUUUCGCGGAUGUUUCAUCGCCGGUGGCAGUCAUAUUCUCUAUUUGUGCUGGGUACUGAUGAUGGUGUAUGACACCGGUACAUUGGUAAUGAUCCUCAUUCCUGGAGUUGCGGCAUAUCGGAGAGGUGGAAGAUCAGAACUUGUCAGAACUGUAUACCAGGACGGCGUUAUAUAUUACGCAUUUAUAUUCCUGGUCUCGGUGAUUAAUGUAAUCGUUAUCCUCACUCUCCCGCCCGACCUUGUCCAUCUCUUAUCUUCGUACGUCCGAUCAACCUAUGUUCGGACACAUCCCGAUUAA